GUGGCGGCCAUGGCGGGACAAGAGGAUCCUGUGCAGCGGGAAAUUCACCAGGACUGGGCGAACCAGGAGUACAUUGAAAUCAUCACAAGCAGCAUCAAGAAAAUCGUGGACUUUCUCAACUCGUUCUAUAUGUCUUGUCGUUCAAGACCUGCAACACUAAAUGAGAAAUUGACAGCCCUUGAACGGAGAAUAGAGUACAUUGAAGCAAGGGUGACAAAAGGUGACCCUCACCUAGGACUGUGCCAGACUGCUGCUGAGAAGGAAGUUGCUUUACAGGCCUAUGUGGGAAAGGUCCCAGCAGCCUUCACUUCUCUCUCCUUAAAGAGCAACAGGGCUUAUUCUUGUUUUUCUUUCUUCAAAAAUGUGGCCUUCGGGCUCUGCCAUGUUCAUCUGGCAGUGUGAUAUGGCAUGUGGGGAGAAGUCCAGGGGAACUCUUGAAAACAUUAGGCAUUUUACCUUUUCAGUAACAUAUUGUAAAACUACUUGUCAAUGUAUUUGAAGCACUCAGAGCCAAAAGCCUGGGACUCUUUAUUAAGGUCCUCCCCAUAUCUCUCUCUCUCUCUCUCUCUCUCUCUCUCUCUCUCUCUCUCUCUCUCUCUCUCUCAGAUUUUCCUUACAGUUCUCAUUGCCUUUGCAUUGAUUCUAUAGACAGUCUUUUCUCCUCCCUACCUUUGUUGGGAGGUAGCAGACAGUCCUGGUUGAGAGACUCAUGCCCUGGCAAGGUGGCUGCCAGAGAAUGUUGUUGCUAAUCUACCAGCUUUUUGUCCUUAUGGGGAGUCAAGACCAGGUCUCCACUUGGCUUGAAGGGACACUUUCAGAUUUUUCUUUCUGUCACUUGCGGUGUUUGCCUCUGAUAUUUCCCUAAU